AUGGCCGGACCCCCAGCCCUGCUCCUGCCCCCAGGUCUCCAGCCCCCGGCAGGCCAUGCCCUGCUCCGGGACCGGGUUGGGGGCCUCAUCGACGCCACCUCCCCGACCCCUUCCGCAGAGCCCCCCCACGCAUCCCCGUGUCCCCCACGGGGCAGGCGGGCGGGAGGUGGGGGGCAGCAGGGCAUCGGAGACGAUGGAGGGGGUGGCGGGGGCGCGGGGGGCCCCCGUCAGAGCGCCAGCGAGCGGGAGAAGCUGCGGAUGCGGCGGCUGGCGCAGGCGCUGCGGCGGCUGCGGCACUACCUGCCGCCCGCCCUGGUGCCUGCCGGGCAGAGCCUGACCAAGAUCGAGACCCUGCGCCUCGCCAUCCGCUACAUCGCCCACCUCUCGGCCCUGCUGGGGCUCAGCCAGGAGGCGCUGGCCCGGCGGCGGGGGGCGGCCCCCCGCCACUGCCCCCUCUGCCCGCAGGGGCUGGGGUGGUGCCAGACCCCCGACCCCCGCCUGGGAUCCCCACCCGGGGGCUUCCCUGGCCCCACCAACCGAUGGAAGGGCAGCUUCCACCCUGUGCCCAAACUAGUCCCUGUGGGACCUGGGUAA